GACCCCCGUGUGCCAGAGACCCGGAUGUUCAGCUUCAUUCCCGCCACUAGGCCGCUGGGUGCCAUGGCAGGGCAACGGACUGAGGAGACCCUGAUGUGGGGCUUCAUUCCCGCCGGUAGGCCGCGGCGUUCGGUUGCCGGGCAACCAAGUGAAGAUACCAGGACAUUGGGCUCCACCGCAGCGUCUAGGCCUCUGUGUUCGGUUGCCAGGCAACAGACCGAGAAGACCCGGAUGUGGGGCUUCAUUCCUGCCUUUAGGCCGCUGGGUUCGGUUGCCGGGAAAGCGCGUGAGACCCGGAUGUCCGGCUCCAGCAAGACUCCUGGGCCCCAGCCGGAAGAUGACCGGAUGUGGGGCUCCAAACCUGCAUGUGCUGCACAGAAGCUGCAGUCCGACCAGAGGCCACGGAGAGGCUAGGACCCGGAUGUGGACUGGGAGGGACCCGGAUGUGGACUGGGAAAGACCCAGAUGUCACCUAUCUCUGGGUCCACUGAGGUGCCAGGACCCAGAUGUGAACUGGGAGAAACCCGGAUGUCACCUAUCUCCGGGUCCACUGAGGGGCCAGGACCCGGAUGUGGACUAGAAGGGACCCGGAUGUCACUUUCUUCCAUGUCCACUGACCCGGAUGUGGCAUGGAGAAACCGGAUGUCACUUUCCUCCAGAUGCACUGAUGGGUCAGGAUCCGGAUGUGGACUAGGAGGGACCCGGAUGUCACCUUCCUUCAUGUCCACUGAGGGGCCAGUACACGGAUGUGGACUGGGAGGGACCCGGAUGUCUCCCUCAUUCGUGUCCACUGACCCAGAUGUGGCCUGGGGAACCCGGAUGUCACUUAUCUCCAGGUCCACUGAAGGGCCAGGACCCGGAUGUGGACUGGGGGACCCGGAUGUCACCCUCCUCCGUGUCCACUCUCCCGGAUGUGGCGUCAGGGACCCAGAUGUCACUUAUCUCCAGGUCCACUGAGGGGCCAGGACCCGGAUGUGGACUGGGGGACCCGGAUGUCACCUAUCUCCAGGUCCACUGAGGGGCCAGGACCCGGAUGUUGCAUGGGGAACCCGGAUGUUAUGUAAGUCCGCGUCCAUUAACCCGGAUGUGGACUGUGGCAGGGACCCAGAUAUGUGCUGGGCAGGACCCGGAUAUCACAUCCACAGGCCUGGCUGUGGCGUGUGGAGUCCCGGAUGUCAUGCUCCUCUCCUUCCACUGACAGGGUCUAGGACCCAGAUGUGGUGUGGGGAUCCCGGAUGUCAGGUCCCUCCACAUCCACUGAGGGUCCAGGACCAAGAUGUGGAAUGGGAACUACCCAGAUGUUAGGGACCUCCAGGUCCAUGAACCUGGAUGUGGGGUGAGUACCCAGAUGUUAGGGACCUCCAGGUCCAUGAACCUGGAUGUGGGGUGAGUACCCAGAUGUUAGGGACCUCCAGGUCCGUGAACCCGUAUGUGGGGUCGGUACCCAGAUGUUAGGGAUCUCCAGGUACGGGAACCCAGAUGUGGAGGCGAGUACCAGGAUGUUACUUAACUCCAGGUCCACUGGCAGGCGCCAGGACCCGGAUGUGAGGGGUUUGGACCCGGAUGUGAGGGUUGGGACCCAGAUGUGAGGGGUUGAGACCCAGAUGUGAGAGGUGGAACCCAGAUGUGGGCGGAGCGGGCACUCCACACCUUGGCCCCGGGCUCCAGCUGCGCUUUGGCCGUUGGGGUCCUUUCCCAGACUCGGAGGCAAUAAAGCAGCCAUGCUGCUUCUGGAUGGAAUUCUUCCUCACUUCCGCCCCCCAGCGCAGGCCAAGCCCUCCUGAGUCCCUCACUUCCUCCCCAGCCCAGGCCACACCCUCCUGAGCUCUGGCACGCCCUACUGAGCACAGGCCACGCCCCCUGGGCACAGGCCACGCUCCCUGACGGUCCUGACUCUUAUUGCAGCCCUCCAUGUAGUUCUCGAGGUUUCCCUCCUCCCCUUCCUCCUGCCUCUGCCAGGCCUGGCAAUUUCUUGGCGCCCAGCCCAGCAACUCCAGGCUUUUCCCUUUCUUCCCUGCCUUCCCCUUCAGCACCACAUCCUGUUCCUUUCCAAGGAACAAGGGGACUUUUAUUUUGGAGGGGGGUUGUGGAGUUCUGGCUGCUGGAGUGACGUGGACAUUUGACCCCUGCGAGCUUCCUGGCUGGCAGGGAGAGCAGCAGGCCCAGGCGCUGAUGGCAGAGAACUGUGGAUCACCCCGCACCUGGACGGCCUGGCCCGGGACGGCGUGCGGCUGACCCAGCACCUGGCGGCAGCGUCCGUCUGCAGCCCGAGCCGUGCGGCCUUCCUGACGGGACGCUACCCUGUGCGCCUGGUUACUAAGAUCCAACAUCCGGGGAUCUGAGCACCAACAUCCGGGGCACUGAACUCUAACAUCUGGGGACCUUAUCUCUAACAUCCAUUGUACUAAGAUCCAACAUCCGGGGAUCUGAGGCCUAACAUUCUGGGAACUGAACUCCAACAUCCGAGGACCUGACAUCCACCAUCCGGGGGCACUGAACUCCAUCAUCCGGGGAUCUGAGGGCCAACAUCCGGGAUACUAACAUCAAACAUCCGGGGACCUGAGGUCCAACAUCCAGGGAACUGAGGCUCAACAUCUAGGGCACUGAGGUCCAUCAGAGGGAGGGGAGGACUACUCUGAGGAUCUCAGGCAUGGUGACCACCAACGGGGCGCGCGUGCUGCAGUGGGCAGCCGUGUCGGGCGGGCUGCCCACCUCCGAGAUCACCUUCGCCAAGAUCCUGCAGGAGCAGGGAUAUGCCACCGGCCUCAUAGGCAAAUGGCACCUGGGCCUCAACUGUGAGUCCCCCACUGACCACUGCCACCACCCCCUGAACCACGGGUUUGACUCCUUCUUCGGGGUCCCCUUCACCCUGAUGGGGGACUGCCUGCAAGCGGAGCCCUCGGAGAAGCGAGCGCGUCUGCAAGGGCCCCUGGACCUGGGGGCUCAGCUGCUGCUGCUUUCCCUGCUCUGCCUGGCCGCUGGGAAGGUCACGGGCCUGCUGGGCCUGCGCUGGGUGCCCUGGGUGCUGGGCCCCGGAUGUGGGGCCUUGCUCCUGGCCUGCACCUCCCGCCUCCUGGGUAUCUUCAUCGUCCAUGCUGACUGCUUCCUGAUGAGGGAUCACCAGGUCGUCCAGCAGCCUCUGAGGUUUGAGGCCAGCGCGGGGCUCUUCUUGCGGGAGGCUGAGGCCUUCAUCCACAGGCACCAGGCCCGCCCCUUCCUCCUCCUCGUCUCCUUCCUCCACGUCCAUGUCCCGCUGGUCACCUCACCUGCCUUCCGGGGCCGCAGCGCGCACGGCGCCUACGGCGACAACGUGGAGGAGCUUGACUGGAUGGUGGGGCGACUGCUGGCAGCGCUGGACGGUGCGGGGCUGGGGCGCCGCACCCUCGUCUACUUCACGUCGGACCACGGUGCCUCACUGGAGGCCCGGGCUGGGGGCGCCCGCCUCGGGGGUUCCAACGGCGUGCACCGAGGUGGCAAAGGCAUGGGCGGCUGGGAGGGCGGCAUCCGGGUCCCUGGGCUGGUGCGCUGGCCCGGGACCCUGCCCGCAGGGCGCCUGGUGCCUGAGCCCACCAGCCUCAUGGACCUGUUCCCCACCGUGGUGCGCCUGGCCGGGGGCUGGGUUCCGGCGGACAGGGAGGUGGACGGCCGGGACCUGAUGCCCGCGCUGCUGGGGACGGCGCAGGCCGCAGGCCACGACUUCCUGCUGCACUACUGCGAGGCUCGGCUGCACGCCGUGCGUUGGUUCGACCGCCCAAGCCACACGGUGUGGAAGCUGCACUUCGCCACUCCACGCAUCGACCCGCCGGGCUCGGGCACCUGCCUCGGUUUCCCUGCCUGCGCCUGCUCGGGGCGGCGAAUGACCCGCCACCGGCGGCCACUGCUCUUUGACCUGACGGCGGACCCGGGGGAGACCCGCCCGCUGCAGGGCCUGAUGGCGAUGCGCAGGCGCGUGGAGGCCGCGGUGGCCCUGAUGCUGCGCAUGCGCCGCCCCCUCGCGGCCCCGCCCCUCGCCCCUGCACACAACACCUGGAGCCCGCGCCUGCAGCCCUGCUGCUCGCCCGGACCGCUCUGUGCCUGCGACCACCUGAUCCCCGACCUCUGACCCCGACCCGACCCCCAACCACCAACUUCCCUGGGGCUAUGGCAGAUCCUGGCCUGCGCCUCUCACAUCCGGGGACUCACAUCCGGGUAUUAAACAUCUGGGUAUACUCAAAUACAGAAAUUCCCACAUCCGGGGAUUCCCACAUACAGACUCUCACAUCCAGGGAUUCCUACAUCCGGGGAUUCCUACAUCCGGGGAUUCUCACAUCCGGGGAUUCUCACUUCUGGUGACACAUCCGGGGAUUCCCGGGGAUGUAUUUACACAUCUGGGGAAUCCUACAUCCGGGGACUUUUACACCCGGGGAUUCUCACAACCAGAGACUCUCACAUCCGGGGACUUUUACAUCCGAGGAUUCUCACAUCCAGAGACUCUCACAUCUGGGGAUUCCUACAUACAGACUCUCACAUCCAGAGAUUCUCACAUCCGGGGAGUCUCACAUCCGGAAAUUCUCACAUCCAGAGAUUCUCCCAUCCAGAGAUUCCCACAUCCAGGGAUUCUCAUAUCCGGGGAUUCCCACAUCCGGGGAUUCUCAGACCAGGGAAUUCCCACAUCUGGGGAAAUCUCACACCCGGGGAUUCCCACAUCUGGGGAUUCUCGCAUCCAGGGAUUCUCACAUCUGGGGAUUCCCACAGCCGGGGAUUCUCACAUCCGGGGAUUCCCACAUCUAGAGAUUCCUACAUCCGGGGAUUGUCACAUCCAGGGACUUUUACAUCCAGAGACUUUCACAUGCGGGGAUUCUCACAUCUGGGGAACUCUUACAUCCGGGGAUUUUCACAUUCAGAGAGUCUCACAUCUGGGGAUUCUCAGACCCAGGGAUUCCCACAUCCGGGGACUCUCACAUCCUGAGCCUCUCAUCCUGGACCUCCACCUUGGUCCUCCCAUCCAGGGCCUUUUCCCAGCCUCCCAUCCGGGGCCCUCUCACAUCCGGGCCUAUGUCCUCUAACUUCUCACACAAUAAAACCUCGUGAGCACCGCACCGCACGGCAGGGUCAGGGGUCACCGGGGUCAGAAGCCGGGCACUGGUCCUGCCUUCCAUUUCAGGUCAUUUCCGGUUGAUGCUAGGAUACAGGGCUGGUCCCCCCUUCCAUUUCAGGCCACUUCUGGUCGUUGCUAGGGUAUAGGACUAGUCUCACCUUCCAUUUCAGGUCAUUUCCAGUCAUUGCUAGGGUAUAGGACUACUCCCACCUUCCACUUCAGGUCAUUUCCGGUCAUUGCUAAGGUAUAGGACUAGUCCCACUUUCCAUUUCAGGCCACUUCUGGUCAUUGCUAGGGUAUAGGACUGGUCCCGCCUUCCAUUUCAGAACAUUUCCGGUCGUAAUACAGGGCUGGUCCCACCUUCCAUUUCAGGUCAUUUCCGGUGGUUGCUAGGGUAUUGGACUAGUCCCGCCUUCCAUUUCAGGCCAUUUCCGGUGGUUGCUAGGGUAUUGGACUAAUCCAACCUUCCAUUUCAGACCAUUUCCAGUGGGUUGCUAGGAUACAGGCUUGGUCUUGCCCUCCUCUAGGACAUCCCACCACCUAGAUUCACACCUGAUUGGCCUAUUCCAUGAAAGCCCUGCCCUCACUUUCCUAAUUCACUUGUCAUUGGUCCAGCUGUAAGACAUGCCCUUUAGCCCCCCCACAAAUCCAACUCGCUGCUGAUUGGACCUCACACGACAGUCCUGCCCCUAACUACCUGAACUCGGAUUCAGAUUGGCCCAGCGGGAUUGGAGAAGUGGGGUACCCGGAUGUUGGCCCACUCUAAGGGGGGUCGGUGGUUGGGUGGAUGGAUGGGUGGAU